UUCCACAGUCAGCAACGAUGCAUUGGCACUGAUUUGAAUUCAUCAAUCUUUGGUGCUGCUUGAAAAAAAAUAUUCGCUUAAGAUCCUACAUUUGUUCAGGCUGUCAGCCCGGACCUUUCAAACGCUCCUAUGGUUGCCGGAGGAUUUGUUGGAGGUGUGGCACUGACUUCCUGUCCGAGCGGAGCCUCCAACAUGGCAAGCGGGGAGGGUGCGGAGCAGCAGCAGCAGCAGCAGCAGCAGGGCGGGGGUGACAAGUACUCGGUGCUGCUGCCCACCUACAACGAGAGGGACAACCUGCCGCUCAUCGUCUGGCUGUUGGUCCGAUACUUCGAUGAAAGUGGAUUUGAUUAUGAAAUUAUAGUGAUUGAUGACGGAAGUCCUGAUGGGACACUUGAGGUUGCCAAACAGUUGGAAAUGAUUUAUGGAUCUGAUAAAAUUCUGCUGAGACCUCGAGCAAAGAAGCUGGGAUUAGGAACAGCAUAUAUCCAUGGAAUACAACAUGCCACCGGAAACUUUGUCUUUAUAAUGGAUGCUGAUCUUUCACAUCAUCCAAAAUUUAUCCCUGACUUUAUAAAAAAACAAAAGGAAGGAAAUUAUGAUGUAGUGUCUGGCACCCGCUAUAAAGGGGAUGGAGGAGUAUUUGGCUGGGAUUUGAGAAGAAAACUCAUCAGUCGAGGAGCAAAUUUUGUCACACAGAUAUUAUUGAGACCAGGUGCUUCAGACUUGACAGGUAGCUUCAGGUUAUACAAAAAAGAAGUACUGCAGAAACUGGUUGAAAAGUGUGUAUCGAAAGGAUACGUCUUUCAAAUGGAGAUGAUCGUUAGGGCUCGCCAGCUGGAUUACAGUAUUGGGGAGGUUCCUAUAACAUUUGUGGAUCGUGUGUAUGGUGAAUCUAAACUGGGAGGAAAUGAAAUUGUGUCAUUUUUGAAAGGACUGCUGCAUCUGUUUGCCACUACAUGAUCAAAACUAAUAUUUAGUACUGAAAUGUUCUUUGGCCAGAUUUGUAUUUCGUUACUUCACAAUAUCCUUGUAAAGUGUAAUUUUAUACUUGUACAAAUCUGUAGCACACUCAGUAAAUGAAUAGUUGUAAAUAUAACUUGAAAUAAAAUCAAUCUAGUCUGAGUAAGUUUAUUUAUUGAAUACUAAGUUUGCUUCAUUUAAUGCUAAUAAUUCUACCACUUACAUAGGCCAUAUUAUUGUAUUAUUUUAUAGUUGUGGGCUUAUGAUUUAUUACAAACAGUAUGCCAUUUCCAACAUUUUGUUUUGCAGUACUCCAGUAAAACUAAAAGAACGUGUACUAAAAUUAAGGAUAUCUCUCUCUUUUGUCACAUCAGAUGUGAUUUAAUCAAACUUCCUGAGUAACUUCCUUUUCACAGAUACUCUUCAUUACUGUCGUAGCUUAGUGCAAAUUUUCCUGUGUAAAUUGAGUUCUGAUAGACCAUUCAUUCUUUUACUCUGUAAAACAAUGUAUAAACAUAAAAGAUCCAGGGUUAUAAAAGUUCAUGUAACUUGAUUUUGAUCUAUAAAAAUUCCAUUUAGAAGAAUAAAACAAUAUAUUAAUUUUA